GCGCGUGCGCUUGAGGUCGGUCCCCGCCCCUCGGGCUUUCGUAGGCCGGCUGGCUCGCUGCUCGAAUAAAUCUAAUAAGAAAUGUAUACGAUCUAUAAGAGAAAAAUAAUGAAGCUCACCUGAAGGGCAUAAAAGAAGACCUGAACAAACAGAGCAACUGGCUACAUUUCUGAAUGAGACUUGUCUGUUCUCUAAAAUGGAUCCACAAAUCCACAAAUUCAGUGCCUUUCCAAUGAAAUUAUCAACAGCAUUAUUUUAGUGAAAUGAGAAGAGUAGAUUCUAAGAUUUAUAUGAAAGAUAAAAGCCUUAUGGUAAAGAAAAUUUUGUAGGAAAAUAAAAGGAAGGGAUCCCUUCCCACCAGAUAUCAAAAAACUGAAAAGUGCCAACUGAAAGAGUGCAGUAUCUACAGGAAUGGACAGAGAGACAUCCAGCUCAUAGACAGAGCUGAGGCCAAGGCAGGCAGAGUACCAAGAGCCACUUUUACAUUUAGACAGUCUGUUGCUGACACAGGCAGCAAAAUAAAAAGAGAGAAAAGAAAGAAAGAAAGAAAGAAAGAAAAAGAAGAAAGAGAAAAGGAAGGAAGGGAAGGAGGAAGGAAGGAAGGAAGGAAAGAAGGAAGGAAGGAAAGAAGGAAGGAAGGAAAGAAGGAAGGAAGGAAAGAAAAGAAAAAGCACCGAAAUGUGCCACUUCCCAUCUUUGUCCCAUGCACCAGAAAGGAUGACACCCAACCAAAGAGAGCUGGAUGCCUGCGCCUCAAGUCACCCCAAGGCAUCACCUCUGGCUGGGAGCCCAUUCUAGAUGACAGCUACACCCUGGGGGCAGGGACAGAAAGCCUCUCAUCUCGGAACCAGAGAUGAGGGGAAACCCUCCUGAUGCCUCCUGGGCAGAUGUGGAAGAGAGUCGGGGGGUGGCCUCAGAGCAGCUCCUCACAAGUCCAGCCUCAGUUCCUGGAGCAUCACAGAGUGUUCUGACAGGCUCAGAUUAGCUGUGGUCCCGGACUUGGCCUGGUGGCCUUUGAGGACACCUGCAAGGUGACCAGAGCAGAGCUGUUCCCUCACAACAGAAAUACAACAAUGGAGCAUAAACUGUGGUCCCUGCAUUGGCAGGCAGACUCCCAACCACUGUGCCACCCGGGAAGCCCCCAGAAAUGCUUUUCUUAACAAGACACGAGCUUCAGAAAAAGAAAGCAAGACAAAUUCAUAAAAAAGAAAUACUUCUGUGUGUUAAAAGACAGCAUUGAUCAAGCCAUAUGUUUAGCAAUAGGUAAUACAGCAUAUUCAACAAGAAAAGGAUUAAUAGAUAUUAUGGAUGGAAUAUAAAAAUAGUUUAUACAAACUGAAAAGUAGAAGACAAUUCAGUAACAAAACAGUUAAGUAAUAUAAACAAAUCAUCCUUAGAAAAAGGAAUACAGAUAACCAUAAAUAUAUGAAAAGGUGUCCAGCACUUUGCAAUUCAAAUUACAAUGAGAUGACAGAUAAGCAAAAGUUAUAAAGAUUCAUCAUCUCAAGGACUGGCCAGCAUGGAGUCAAACUCCUAAUGAUGCCGGAAGGAUUAAUUGGUGAAGCCAUUUGAAGGGGCCAGUGUAGUCCUGUCUGCACAAUCGUAAAAUGUGCCCAGCAUUGGACCUAGCAAUUCAGCCUCUAGGAAGCAUCCAGAAGAAACACAUGCACGUGUUGACCCUGGUAAAAGGCCAAGAUUUAUAACAGGGGAAAACGGAAACUGCCCAGAUGACCAUCAAUACGAAAUUGGUUUAAAAAUAUUUCAGCAUAUCCACUUGGAGAGGUCUCACUGGCCACUCCUCCUCUUUCCCUCUGCUGGAUCCCAGCAGAGCUCAUAUUUCCAGAUGGUAGUCAGGGAAGGCAGUGACCAAAGCUUGAGGGUGGCCCGGGCGCAUGUGGCAGUGCCACUGGCUAAGCCACCUGCUCCCUCUCCUCUGGUUCCCAGACUCAAGGGGGCCUCUCCUCCUUAGGACAUGAAUUUGGAAGACCCUGUGACCCCGCCCUGGGAACUGGACAGGUGGCAAAGUCUGCGGUGAUAAGGCGAUUGGGCUGUCACUAUGGUGAUGGGGAUGGAGGCCUUUUGCCAUCAGCCCCAGUUUUCUGCAUGGCAGCUCUAAUGACAGGAUGGUCAGCCCUGCAGAGGCUGGAGGGUGUGAGCGCAGAGGCCUGUUCCUGGUUGCCAUGGCAGCGUGGGCCCUCGCAGGAGCGCAGAGAGCCUUGGCAGGAGAAUUCCCCACUCCAUACCUGGUCAGAGCAGGAAGUGUUGGGCCGCGACUGAGCCUCAGGGAAGCAGGUUGGGGUGUGAGAAAAGAACAGUCGCCCACAACUUAAUUACUCAAAAGCUGUCCCCCAGCCACAGGAGGAAAGAGGACCUUUUCUGCUGAGUCUGUCUAGAGAGCACCACGCCGUCACAGCUCAGCACAGCCCGGAGAGAAAGCUGACCAGUGCUGACCAGCUCUGGAGCCCGGCAAUGGCCCUGCCCCGACCAUACCUGGCCUGACAAGGCCUCAGUGGGGAAGGGUCCCGACUGGGACCCAGAAGAGAAGGCUGGCAGGCUUGCUGGAGAACAAUGAAAAGGAGGAAACUCUGUGAUUGAACCUCAAGCCAGAAGCCAGCCAGAAGGUGGACCAUAUUCUACCAGACACUCGGGCCGGCCGUGACCCUUGGUUGGGAAAAGCCUGGGGAUAUUUCUGCCUUGGAAGCCCGUUGGGGAACACUGAGGGGUUCCAGCUCCCCCGGGCGGGCUGCGGUACAAAUGCUGGAUGACAGAGCCAGGAUGGAGAUCGCCAAGAAGGAAAAGGUGGAACAGAUCCUGGCGGAGUUCCAGCUGCAGGAGGAGGACUUGAAGAAGGUGAUGAGGCGGAUGCAGAAGGAGAUGGACCGAGGCCUGAGGCUGGAGACCCACAAGGAGGCCAGUGUGAAGAUGCUGCCCACCUACGUGCGCUCUACCCCGGAAGGCUCAGAAGUCGGGGACUUCCUCUCCCUGGACCUGGGCGGCACCAACUUCAGGGUGAUGCUUGUGAAGGUGGGGGAAGGGGAGGAGGGGCAGUGGAGUGUGAAAACCAAGCACCAGAUGUACUCCAUCCCCGAGGACGCCAUGACGGGCACUGCUGAGAUGCUCUUUGACUACAUCUCUGAGUGCAUCUCCGACUUCCUGGACAAGCAUCAGAUGAAGCACAAGAAGCUACCCUUGGGCUUCACCUUCUCCUUUCCUGUGAGGCACGAAGACAUCGACAAGGGCAUCCUUCUCAACUGGACCAAGGGCUUCAAGGCCUCAGGAGCAGAAGGGAACAACAUCGUGGGGCUCCUGCGAGAUGCCAUCAAACGGAGAGGGGACUUUGAGAUGGACGUGGUGGCGAUGGUGAACGACACUGUGGCCACGAUGAUCUCCUGCUACUAUGAAGACCGCCGGUGUGAAGUAGGCAUGAUUGUGGGCACGGGCUGCAACGCUUGCUACAUGGAGGAGAUGCAGAACGUGGAGCUGGUGGAAGGGGACGAGGGCCGCAUGUGUGUCAACACCGAGUGGGGUGCCUUCGGGGACUCGGGCGAGCUGGACGAGUUCCUGCGAGAGUACGACCGUGUGGUGGACGAGAACUCCCUGAACCCCGGCCAGCAGCUGUACGAGAAGCUCAUCGGCGGCAAGUACAUGGGCGAGCUGGUGCGGCUCGUGCUGCUGAAGCUUGUGGACGAGAACCUGCUCUUCCACGGGGAGGCCUCGGAGAAGCUGCGCACGCGCGGCGCCUUCGAGACACGCUUCGUGUCGCAGGUGGAGAGUGACUCGGGCGACCGCAAGCAGAUCUACAACAUCCUGAGCACGCUGGGGCUGAUGCCAUCGGCCACCGACUGCGACAUCGUGCGCCGCGCCUGCGAGAGCGUGUCCACCCGCGCCGCGCGCAUGUGCGCCGCGGGGCUGGCGGGCGUCAUCAACCGCAUGCGCGAGAGCCGCAGCGAGGACGUGAUGCGCAUCACCGUGGGCGUGGACGGCUCAGUGUACAAGCUGCACCCCAGCUUCAAGGAGCGGUUCCACGCCAGCGUGCGCAGGCUGACGCCCAGCUGUGAAAUCACCUUCAUCGAGUCGGAGGAGGGCAGCGGCCGGGGUGCGGCCUUGAUCUCCGCGGUGGCCUGUAAGAAGGCCUGCAUGCUGGGCCAGUGAGAAUAAAGGC